CAGCACUUCCAAUUGACAGAGGUGAAUGCCAUAAGCCGCCGUAAUUCUGCCCAAUGGCGUCCUCAUCUACAACCCUAUCUCCGAACUUCCAACCGCUGACCUCGGCCCCCGCGCGAAGGAGGCGGAAAGUCAGGAGAGGCACGUCGAGCUGCUGGGAGUGUAGGCGUCGUAAGAUCCGUUGCACCUUUACACAAGGUGCCACAGUUUGCAUCUCCUGUAGACGACAUAGGUCUGAGUGCGUGGGCCAAGAGUUCCAGAUGAGUCCCGCUACGACAGACCGGGGUGCAGCCCAUCAGAAGGUUGCUCAGAGUCUGCUGCAUGUGGAGGGGCUCAUCAGUCAGCUCCUUGACCGGUCCGCUCCGGGUUCCCAUUCGGGAGGGGAGCCAUCUACUCUGCCACCAGCUUCGUUGAAAUUCCACAGAGGGUCUACACCAGCACCGCCACGGUGGAGGGAGAUAAGGCCCCAACCCACCCGAGGCCCCGUCCAGCAUGAAGUUUCGGUGUCUGCUCCACCCGUUUGCGGUGACAGGGAGACAGACCGAAGGCAGCCUGUAACCCUCCCAAAUCCUGCCUCAGAACCCCAAUCAUAUCGGACAGAGACAUCUGAAACAAACGUUGCAGUUCCGACAGCCAUCGGAUUACCUCCAACAAUUCCAUUUGUUGACACGCUUAACCAUCAUGUCAAAUCGUUGAUAAUUUCCCUAAACUCUGCUUUGGUUAUCCUUCGCAAGGCCAAGGUUGCAUACCACCCCAUACAGAUGAUACAGAGCCCGGGAGGUUUUGUACAGUCAUCCAUCCACUAUCAGCCUCUUGCUAUUCCUGAUCCAACUCUGCACCCUCUUCUGAUUGCACGAAGGCUCAUAGAGAUAGCUCUGGGUUUGCAGCACUUACAUGAGAGCAACUCAUCCGACAAGGGAGUCUCUCGCUUACUCAGGUCAGCUCGGGAGGCUUCGCGGAGGUAUUUUGACGCGGCUAUCCGCUAUGUCACUUCGCAGGAUCUUCUGGUCGCCUCGUACGACGGCCUUGAGAUUCUCAUGCUUGAGGGCCUCUACCAUAUCAACUCAGGAAACUUGAAGCAUGGCUGGAUGGCCUUUCGCCGCGCUAUUAGCAUCGCGCAGCUUUUGAAUCUACCCCUUCGGUCUCAGAGAUCAGACGAGAUAUAUGAGCCCAGUCAUGCUCCGAAGUCAAGACUUCUCUGGUUCCGCCUCAACUAUGCCGACCGAUUCUUGUCACUCAUGCUGGGCCUUCCAUCUGCUACUACCGAUGAUAGUGUCGCCUCAUCCGACGUCGUAGCGGCAGAAAGUCCAUUAGGGAGACUGGAUCAACUACACACAGUUAUUAUGGGCCGACUCAUCUCCCGGAAUCAACGCAUCGCCGCUGCAGAUCCGACACAGGCUCUCCAGAGCGAACUCGAGGAGACACAGAGCUUGGAUCGAGAACUCCAGAGGAUCGCUUCCCUACUCCCUGCAGAAUGGUGGCUCCCACCUCACCUGAGCGACUCUGUCACCGACGCGUCUACUUCCGAGGCGUCUAGGCUUCUAGCGCAAGUCAACCAUGCUCAUCUUCUCCUUAUCCUCCAUCUGCCCUAUGUCCUUCAGAGCCUGUCAUCGCUACAACCACGAGACGCGGACAGCUUGUACAAGGCUGUUACGGCGAGUCGGGAUAUACUGUCUCGAUUCAUAUUGUACCGUAAAUUCAACCAGGUACCUACCUGUUGUCGUGCUGUCGACUUCAAGGCCCUCACAGCCUCGGCCACCUUGCUCCUUGCGCAUUUGGACGUUCACAACCUCGGCCACUGUGCACUCGCGCACCAGCGCUUACAGGACAUAGGACUGGUACAGAUGACCAUAAGGAGCAUAGAGGGCCUUGUCAAGUCCUCUCUUGAUUCGCAGGGCGAGACGGAGCUACGGGUGCUGAAAUGGCUGCAAGAGGCUGAAGCCAGCGCAGCAGACGGAGUCAUGCACUCGCUAUAUAUCAAUGAAUCGGCAUGUGGGGGAGAAUGCCGCAUAUUUGAGGAAGGGCUUAAUCUCGAAUUUGCGGCACCUUAUCUUGGCAGACUCCGAGUGAAUCGCCUGGAGGAAUCUGGCGAGGGGGCAGUAGAAAAACUUCUGACCGAGCAUUUGGGGACCAUGCCAGAAGACAGUAGCGGAGGAUAUGGGGCGUGGCAUUUGCAUGAUACAGGUUGUGUGGCCGCGCCAUCCCUGACAGGAUUCUCUGUCAUUGACACGAUGUGUGAUCGAGUAGGCAGUAUUCACAGGAGCCAGAUUGACACAAGUCUCGCUGCCCGUGGGUCACAUGAAGUCCUUGUGCCAGGCACGUAUACAGACUCGCAUACAUGGGAAUUUCAGGACCUGGUACCAUUCGAGUUUUCAGAAGGCUAGUUACGGCAGCGUGUAAUUUUGUACUCCUACAGUCAGUUUGUGCGAAGUAUUUGGAUGCAUAAUGAGCGAUUGAUC